AUGUUAUGGAUAGUGCUGCCACUCUCAGCUCAGAUCCUUGAACUGAAGCCUGGGAAAGUAUUGGGCUUUGACUAUGAGACAAAGAAAGGAGAUAUCGCAGAAGUUUUUCUCAAUAUACCUUACGCAUCUCCACCCGUGAAUGAGCUUAGAUUCGAGAAAACAAAGCCUAUAGAACCGUGGAAGGACAUUCGUAAUGGCACAACACUUGGUCCCGCAUGUCCGCCAGUACUACCUGGAGUUGGCUAUGGUGUAGCCCCCACCAGCGAGGACUGCCUCACCCUCAAUAUAAUCCGACCUAAGAAAAAGGUUUUUUUAGCCAGAUUAUUGCACAGAAGUGUAAAAUUCCAUGUUCAGCCUCCUCCAUCAGGCUUUGCUGUUCUAUUCUAUAUUCAUGGUGGCGGCUAUCAAUUCGGUUCUGCACACGACUAUGGGUACACGGGCUUCGCAGACAUUUAUACGCCUCAAGACGUCAUUGUUGUAAUCAUACAGUAUCGCCUCGGAGUUUAUGGUAACACACUUUGUUGCUAA